AUGAGCGAAAUACAGAGGACCCUGGAAUUCCUACAUCCACACCGGGCUGAGGAGGCUGUGAAGACUGAGGGCCACGGUGACGGCAAGACCCCCUUGUGGAAGAAGGAGCUGGAGGACCCCCGGGAGGAGAAGGCGGAGGCGGCGUCGGAGGAGGACGACGACGAGGAGGAGGAGGAGCAGGAGGAGGCCCCGCGGCGGGAGGCGCAGGCGGCCCCGGGCGAGGCGGAGGGCAGGGAGGCGAGCGGCGAGGCCCGCGAGCGCGGCUCGGUGUCCUACUGCCCGCUGCGCCAGGAGUCCAGCACCCAGCAGGUGGCGCUGCUGCGGCGCGCCGACAGCGGCUUCUGGGGCUGGCUCGGCCUCUUCGCGCUGCUGGGCGGCCUGGCCGCGCCCGCCGACAGGAAGCGGAGCCUUCACGAGGAGCUGUGCGUGCUGGAGACGCGGCGGAGACGGCCGCGCGCCGGGGUCUGCGAGCGCUGCGAGGUCCUUUUUUGCAAGAAAUGCAGGACCCUGCACAGCCACCCGGCCUACGUGGCGCACUGCAUCCUGGAGCACCGGAGUCACGGGGAGCCAUCCGCUUCGGGAGGCGCGGGGGCCGCCGGGGGGCCCUGA